CUUUCCAAAGGCACAGUCAUUGAAUUUCUUCAAUAUGUCUGGAACUAUCCCACUGUUCAGUGACAGCAGGAACAGCUUGCCUGAAGUGCUUUGCUGCUGACGCCGUCCGGACCAUAUGAUUUUCGUGGGUUGAUACCACUGGAUGAAUUUUGCCGUUUCUCUGUCAAAACCUUGAAGAGAGGCUGGGUCUGGGUGGAGGAAACCCACAACAGUGGUGUCGUCUACGUACCAAAAAAAUGUGUGGUUUGCGUCAGAGGUUUGACAAUUGUUUGUGUACAAUAUCAGUGACAGUAGGCAACUUUGAGGGGCUCCCGUAUUCACCGUUCUAGAUGUAGAGAUGGCGGAGUUAAACUUCACUUGGUGAGUGCGGUUCACAAGGAACCUAUUAAUCCACUUGAUCAGUAGAGAGUUGACACCCAAAUUCACCAGCUUGACACCCAAAUUCACCAGCUUGACACCCAAAUUCACCAGCUUAUCACCAGUAGGUGGGGUUGAAUGGUGUUCAACACGCUACUGAAGUCAAUGAAUACAAUUUUCACGAGGCUAUUUGCCUUUUCUAAAUGUUUGUAGAUAUUGUUCAGCAUGACGAGUAACUUAUCAUCAACACUCCUGGAGGCACGGUGGGUGAGUCUAAUUGGGAUGAGAGACCAGAAAGAAUUUAGUUUUUGAAUAAUUUUUUCAAAACAUAGGUACAGAUGUCAGGGCUACAGGGCGUAAAUCAUAAUUUUUUGGGGCCUGUUGUUUUUAGGUAUUUGGACAAUCAGCGACUUCUUCCAUAAGUCUGGAAUUAUCCCACUGUUCAGUGACAGCUGGAACAGCUUCUGGAACGGUAAAGCGAGCUGGUCUGCACGUGCCUGAAGUGCCUUGCUGCUGACGCCGUCUGGACCAUAUGAUUUUCUGAACAUCGUGGGCGGUUGAGAAACACACCCUUGACAUAUCUUUUGUGAGGAGCACAGAAGGCUAGUUAGACUAGGCUAUAUUCCAGACCAGACCCCUCAGCCGCAGUCCAGAAGCUUCUGCAGCCAUGGCUGAGAAGGACUAUGGCUGCUUUGUGGACUGGACCCAAAUGGGGGACAUGGCCAAGAGCAGUGGCACCUCCAAAUUGGAUGUUAAGGACCCCGUGGAGCUCAAAAAGCUGGCCAGGCAGGGCCACUGGUCCAAGAACCACAAGCUCCGUGCCCAGGUCUACCAGCAACUCAUUAAGGCAAUCCCCUGUCGAACCGUGACACCCGACGCCGAGGUCUACCGCGACCUCAUGGGCGACGACACAGGUAAAAAAGCCUUGUCCUCCAUCCCACUGCCAGACUUUGUGGACGGCAGCGCUGUGCCGCACUACUGCCUCAAGGCAGACGCAGUGACCGCCGUCCACCGGGUCAUCUCCUGUCUGGCGGAACAGUUCCCGGACAUCUCGCACUGCCCGGCGCUGCCCGCGAUGACAGCCCUCCUGCUGCACUUCAGUGCCAACGAGGCCCAGUGCUUCGAGCACGUCAGCUGUCUGCUGGCCUGCAAUGACCCCGGCCAACGCUUUGUAGACCAGACCUUCCUGGCCUAUGAGUCCAGCUUCAUGACCUUUGGCGACCUGGCCAACAAGUAUUGCCCGGCAGCCCACAAGCUCAUAGUGGCUACAGUGCAGGACGUGGUGGAGGUGUACUCGGACUGGCAGCGCUGGGUGCUAGGUGACCUGCCCUUCAGCCACGUGGCAAGGGUCCUAGACGUCUUCCUGGUGGAAGGAUACAAGGUGUUGUACCGCGUUGCCCUGGCCCUGCUCAAGUUCUACCGCAAGCAGAAGGCCAGGGAUGGAACACAGCAAUCAGAGGGCCAGAAACAGGACUCUGCAGGGGUCAAGGCUGAGAUCCAGGCUUUCGUCAAGGCCAUCAGCUCCUACAUCACCCCGGACAAGCUGCUGGAGAAGGCCUUCUCUAUCCGCUUGUUCAGUCGCAAAGAGAUCACCCUCCUGCAGCUCACCAACGAGAAAUCGCUGCAGCAGAAGGGCAUCACCGUCAAACAGAAGAGGCGGAACGUGCAGCUGGCUCUGAACCCGGACACCUUCUCCUCGGAGGUAGUCAGCGCCAAGGAGAUGAAGGACAUCUGGUCGUGGAUCCCCGAGCGCUUCGCCCUAUGCGAACCGCAGCUCCUCUUCACCACCUCGACCCAUGGCUGCAGCCUCAACAGGUUCUACGCUCAUGUCGAAGGCCAUGAGCCCACUCUGCUACUCAUCCGGACCUGCGAAGCUGACGUAUGUGGAGCCUUCCUCUCUACAGAUUGGGAGGAGCGCAAGCGAGGCGGGAACAAACUUGGCUUCUUUGGGACCGGAGAAUGUUUCGUCUUCAGGCUGAAGCCGGAGAUGGAGAGGUAUGAGUGGGUGGUGAUCCGUCACCCGGAGCUGGCCUCUACCAUCAAGGCCCAGAGCAGUGAGGUCCCUGCCGAGGACGAGGCUCCCCCCGGCAAGCAGAACUCGGGAGGCGACAGCCUUCCCGUGGAGAGGCCAGCCGCUGACCCAUCUGAUCGCCUGUCGCCCUUCCUCUCAGCCCGACACUUCCAUCUCAACUCCAGGAACACCUCCAUGUUCAUGGCGGGCAACUUUGACUCCAUCAUAGUGGGGGGAGGCGAGGGCAACGCGCUGUACAUCGACAGUGAGCUAAACCACGGACGCACAGCCCGCUGCACCACCUUUGACAACCCGCCGCUCUGCUCCACCGAGAGCUUCCAGGUGGCCCUGCUGGAGGUGUGGGGCUUCAAGGACACCAUGGCCUCAGAUAGAUAGAUAAGACAGACACACACACACACACACAGACACACAGUUCGAGAUACACACAUCCCACCAAGGGCCUGAUGAAGGUACCUGCAGUAUCAGAACAAACCCCUUUCCGUCCAGCAAAUUAAUUUAUCCAUUGAAUUCUACAUAAAUGUGAAAUAUUUGUAUUUAUUCAUGUAAAACAAGUAUCAUAUUCUGAAAGUAUUUUUUAUUUGUGAUUCUUUUUUUACAGAUGUUUUAUUACAUUGUAUUAAUAUUUUUGUUGACUCUCAUUCGGAGGGGUUUGAUGGCGAAAAGCAGCUCUGUUGUUAAAAAGGCCUUGUCUGGAAUGAUCAAAUGUCAUGAUUUUACACACUCAAGUAACUUAAUUUCUGUAUUCACUUUAUAUCCACUCCUUAAUGUGUGCAAUCUGGUUAUGCACCAAACCAACUGCCAAAAUGGUGGUAAGUAGGCCUAUAAGGCCUGUAUUCACUAUAUCGAACAUAUGCAGUCUACCCAGCUGUCAGAACUGGGGUCUAUUCAAAUGAAUUGUACAACGUGAAGUGUGGCUGUUGUGCGGCCAUAUUCUCACCAGAUGUACUCUUAGCUCUGAGCACAGCAGUACAUUAGAGAGGCCCCUUUGUAAAGUAUGUGAAUAUUGUUCUUUGAAUGUGUUUUAUUGAUAGUGUGAAAGGGUUAUCAGGUGAGAUGAAGACCAUAUCCACGUCCCUCGUCAUUUAGGUGCACAAUCUGUGGUAAAGCUAUCUGUGUAAGUAAUGCAGUAUUCAUCUGUCUUUCUCUAUCCGUCCUACAAACAAUAUCAUCCAAAUAAAUUGCAGAAUAUGUACGUUCUUGUGCAGAGACUCAACUGUAUAUCAUUGAAUAUCUGUUGUAUUGAAGAAAGUCCUCCAGUGAAGUAUUAAUUGACAAAUUACAGAUCAUCCGACUUCAACUGUA